AUGGAAAAAACCCAUUCCAUAGCAGAGAAAAAUGUCCUGCAAGAAAUUCCACGUUAUAUAAUUAACAAGUGUUCUAAAGUUGGACAUUGGGCUAAAGUCUGCAGAACUAAAAUGGUCGCGGAGGUGGUCAAAGAAAACAGUGAUGAUGAUGAUGAAAAUGAUGAAUUCCUUGAAAUAUCAUCCCAAAACAAUGCUCAGUGGAAACAAAAUCUAAAAUUGGAUGGACAAGUAGUUCAAUUCAAGUUGGACACUGGAGCUGAUGAAACUUGUAUUCCUCUCCACGCGUAUGAAAGCAUGAAAACUAAGCUUUCUGCUCUGAAAAAGUCGAAGAAGAAGCUACGUUCUUGUGAUGGAAAGAAAUUAGAUAUUUAUGGAAUAUUCGUUGCAACAAUAGAAGCUGAUAAGAAAAUAACAGUACAAGAUGUGUAUGUUAUCAAAGGUUUACAUCAAGCUCUCUUGGGUGGGCCAGUUGUACGUGCUCUGAAUUUACUCCAGAAAGCAAAGUUUGUCGAGACAGUAAAGACCUGCAGAGACGAAGCCUAG